GAUGUUGAACAAUCACAUUCAAAAUUAGAUAUUGUAUUUAUCAAAAACAACUAUUUAAUUUAAUUCUAAUAUUUUUUUUAUUAAAAGGUGAUAUUACUUCUUUGUUUUGAUAUUUAUCCAAAUGUUUGUUUUCAUAUAUCAAAACGAAAAUUAUUAACAAAUGAAGGUAGAGAAGCAUUACUAAAUGAAAAUUUUGUGAAUUAUGGGCGAGAAAUUCCAAUAUUUCCAUCAUCAUUUUUUUUACGUAGCAUUUUAAGUGAAAAUUCAAAUUUUAAUAAAUUAAAAAUAUUUUCUUAA